UGACCUCACGGGAAAUUUGUUAACGAAAGUAUCCAGCACAGCCAUGUCCCGUACGAGUGAUCAAUAUACUGGGCGAUUGCGGCGUGUAUGACAACACGUUAAUUUGUGCCGAAGUCACACUGACUGAAAUAUUAUUACAGCAGUUGUACGCUUGAAUCUGAGUCUCCUGAAACGGUCGCGACACCAUGCUAGCCACAGUGACGGCUGUGGUUAGUUUUACUCCGUACAAUGGCAGUGUUUCACCUACACCGUUGGGAAACACAUCAGCAUUCCCAACUUGGCAACCUGAUACAGAAGCCAACAUUACCAAGCCUCACAAAUGUCUGCAAGUUCUAUAUGAGGACAUUGGAGACUCCAGGGUGCGGUUCUGGGAUAUUUUACUGCUCGUGCCUAAUGUGGCCUUCUUUGUAUUCCUGAUGUGGAAGCUGCCUUCAGCAAGGGCAAAGAUUCGACUCACCUCAAGCCCCAUCUUCGUCACCUUUUACUUGCUGGUUUUUGUUGUCGCAGCAGUUGGAAUCACCAGGGCUAUAGUGUCCAUGACUGUCAGUGCAUCCAGUGCUGCCACCAUCAUAGACAAAGUCCUGUGGGAAAUCACCCGGUUCUUCUUGCUGGCUAUUGAGCUCAGUGUCGUUAUCUUGGGACUGGCUUUUGGCCAUCUGGAGAGCAAAUCCAGCAUAAAGCGUGUGUUGGCUAUUACUGCUGUGUUGGCUCUGGGAUACUCCAUCACACAGGGAACGCUAGAGAUAUUGUACCCAGACAGUCACCUGUCCGCUGAGGACUUCAACAUCUAUGGUCAUGGAGGACGGCACUUCUGGUUGGCCAGCUCCUGCUUCUUCUUCCUGGUGUACUCCUUGAUUGUGAUCUUGCCUAAAACUCCAGUGAGAGAGAGGAUAUCUCUGCCAUCUAAGAGGAGUUUCUAUGUGUAUGCUGCCAUCCUGUCUUUGCUGAACCUCGUCCAGGGCCUGGGCAGUGCUCUGCUGUGUGCAGGAAUCAUAGAGGGACUCUGCUGUGUGGAUGUCACCACCUUCCUGUAUUUCUCCACCUUUGCUCCACUCAUUUAUGUCACAUUCCUCAAAGGCUUCUUUGGCUCAGAGCCCAAGAUCCUGUUCUCCUACAAGUCCCAGGUGGAUGAGCCAGAUGAAAGUGAUGUCCACCUUCCCCCAACAGUCGCUGGAACCCUGAACCGUAAGGAGCUGACUGACCAGGGCUUGUACUACUCCUCCACCCAGAUCGAUGGCUCUGGUCCCAGCAGCUCUCGCAUGGUUGGAGCCUACCUGGAUGAUGUUGCCUCUGGACCCUAUGGGUCCAGCAGCAUUAAUAGCAUUGAUGCUGACCGCUGGAGACCUAUCAAUGUGUGAAAGAAUGACGCGAGAAUGGAGGAGGCUAGAUGGUUGUACGGCUGGACUUAAAUUGUUGUGCAUGUGCAGUGUGUUAGGCAGGAUGGCGGUCAGAGAAGUUGGCCAAAGAAAAGCAGAACAAAGCAGCUGGACACCAAGGAAUGGUAAUCUUGGUCUGUCUUUAAGGCCAAAAUAAGGUAAAAACAAACGCUUCAGGAAGACCUUUGCUAGCCUAUUUCUGGAGGACUGUGUGUUUAGCAACUGCUUUUGUAACACCGCUGCCAGAGUGCACUGCUGCUGUAGCUCCACAUUAGGAGUCCUGCCCCUUAUUGUGGUCCCGACAAACUCGAUAUUGAUUCAGUUCCACAGGCUCUUCGGUGUGGGGGCUUAAUGACUCGUCUCAGCACAUUUUCUGUCAUUCCAGCAUUAAAAAUCAACUGCUCAAUCCUGAUUGAUGAUGUUUUAACCCUAUUUUAAGUACAUGAGUCUGCAAAACCUAAUAUUGUUUUGAUGACAACUUGGCAUCUGUACAUUCCUACUUAAGGCUUAUAUUGACAGCAGCUCAACUGGCUCUGUGUUUAGCUGCCUUGUAUUAGAUUGGUGACUGAACUGGCUAAUCAGUUUAUACUGGUGACUGUGCUUCUCUGAACACAGCAAGGAUUUAAUUUUGUUACAUGUACUUUGUCCUUUGAAAUAGGUGCUCUGCUGUUAACAAGUGAACAGUGUUAGCGUGAUGUGUGUCACUGCAAUAUAAUAAGGAAAUCAGUAAAUACAGGCAUUGCAUUAAUAUUAAAAGUUAAAAACCAUCUCUAAGGGUGUCUACUAGGUUAAGCUAAGACAAAAACAGUUCUUUAACUAUUGAAAACGCAUCUCACCCGUAAGCUCUCUAUUUCGUUUCUCCCUCUUAUUUAUUGUCGUCUUUUGUUUUAAUUCCUUAUACCAGGUGAGUCAUUCCUGCCACUGUAAGCACAUUUGCUAGCAUCAUAGUAGUUAAGGAAGUUAUAUGUGAUUCCAACAACAACUUUGGAAAAACCUAUUCACACAUUCCAAUUCAAGCUUUCAUAAUGGCAUAUUUCAGUGAGCUUAGCCUGUAUUCAGAUGAUGUUAAAAGUGGUAAAAUUAGACCAGAAAUGGAUUGUCACAGUUUUCUAGUAUCUGGUGGUAUCGAUACAGGUUCCAUUAUGUAGUUAAACUUUGGAUUUCUUCGGAGCAAGAGAAGCUCAACGAUGAGUGAAUUUAAUUUUGGUGAUUGAUGUUGGGCAUCAUGUUUAUGUACUUAUCGUUCCUCUUGAUACCAUCACAACAUAAGUAUUUCAACUUGUUCAUACCACAUUUGUUUAUGCCGACCAAGAAAAUAUCAUGUAUUAGUUUCCCCCUAGAAUUACAAUGAAUGGAUGACUAUUUAAGCUAGCAGUAUUCAUAGGUGGUAGUGACCUGUAUGCAGAAAAUUUAGGGUUGAAAUAAUUUUUUUACAUAUUUACAGCACACCAACACAUGGUGAAGAAGUCAUGUGUUUCCAUGAAUUUAUAGCAUUUGCCCCACUUGGAAAUAUUUUAUAUUCAAAUUUGAGUGCUGGUGAACAUUGUUGUAUCACUCUGGAUUUAGACUGGGAAAUCAUUUUGCUGUGUCAUGGCGUUAAUUCACAAAGUGUAUUGCGGUGGAAUUCCACAUUUGAUGGUGAAGUCAUUUUGCAAAUGAUGGUUGAAUUGCCUUUUUAUUUAAGUGCAUUGAUUGUACAGUAUUCGGUCCAUAUUAAUGCAAUAUGUUGAGUAUUCCAUGAACUACAGAAUAAACAGUGGACUCUUUAA